AUGCCCACCGUCCACUUGUUAGAUUACGUCGCGGGAAACGUGCGCAGUCUCGUCAACGCCAUCGAGAAGGUUGGCUACGAGGUCGCAUGGGUCAAGACUCCCGAAGAGGUCAAGAAUGCAGAUAAACUCAUCCUCCCCGGCGUGGGCCACUUCGGCCACUGCCUCACACAGCUAUCCUCGGCGGGCUUCCUCCCCGCCAUAAAAGCCCACAUCGACGCCGGCAAGCCCUUCAUGGGCAUCUGCGUCGGCAUGCAAGCUCUUUUCUCUGGAUCUUCUGAGGAUCCGAACUGUCCCGGACUGGGCUCUAUAACGUCUUCGCUCUCACGCUUCGACGACAGUGACAAGGCUGUUCCGCACAUUGGCUGGAACGAUGCUGUCGUGGAGGGUGGCGUGUCCCUUCAUGACCUGAGGCCCGGGUCUAAGUACUACUACGUCCACAGCUACCGAUGCCCGUACGAGAAAGGAGUUCUAGAGGGACAAGGCUGGACGGUGGCCACGGCAAGCUACGGCGGUGAGACGUUUGUCGGUGCUGUGGCAAAGGGCAACAUCCUCGCCACGCAGUUUCACCCCGAGAAGAGUGGUGUCGCAGGCUUGAGGACCCUCAAGUCUUUUCUCACCGGCGAGGGUGCAAAAGCUCUGGGCCAGGCACCGCCGCAGGCCACAGCGUCGGUACAAUCCAACGGAGGAGCAGUCCCACAGCCAGGCCUCACAAGGCGGGUGAUCGCCUGUCUCGACGUGAGGACAAACGACACGGGCGACCUUGUAGUCACAAAGGGCGACCAGUACGACGUACGAGAGAAGAGCGACGAGCGCGGCGUCCGAAACCUGGGAAAACCUGUCGACAUGGCCAAGAAGUACUACGAGCAGGGCGCGGACGAGGUGACGUUCCUGAACAUCACGUCCUUCCGGGACCUGCCCCUCAAGGACCUUCCCAUGCUGGAGAUCCUGCGGCUCACGUCACAGACCGUCUUUGUGCCGCUGACCAUCGGCGGGGGUAUCAGGGACACAGUCGACCCCCUGGACGGGAGGAAGGUGUCUGCGCUGGACAUCGCGACCAUGUACUUCCGCAGCGGCGCCGACAAGGUGAGCAUCGGGUCGGACGCCGUCACCGCCGCGGAGGAGUACUACGCCGCGGGCAGCAAGCUUUCCGGGACCACGGCCAUCGAGCAGAUCUCGCGCGCCUACGGCAACCAGGCCGUCGUCGUCUCCAUCGACCCGAAGCGGGUCUACGUGGCCUCCCCGGAGGCGGCGGGUGCCCACCACGCGUCCAACACCAUCAAGACCAAGUUCCCGGGCCCUGCCGGCGGCGAGGAGUACUGCUACUACGCCUGCACCAUCAAGGGCGGGCGCGAGACGCGCGACCUGGACGUCGUCCAGCUGGCGAGGGCGGUCGAGGCCAUGGGCUGCGGCGAGCUGCUGCUCAACUGCAUCGACCGCGACGGCACCAACAGCGGCUUCGACCUGGAACUGAUCCGCCAGGUCAAGGGCGCCGUCAGGAUCCCCGUCAUCGCCUCGUCGGGUGCUGGGAAUCCGGCCCACUUCGAGGAGGUGUUUGCCGAGACGACGACGGACGCGGCGCUCGGUGCGGGCAUGUUCCACCGCGGGGAGUACACGGUGAGGGACGUCAAGGAGUGCCUGGGCAACAAGGGCCUGACGGCUAGGGGAUUUGAAGGCGAACUGUGA